GAAUGACAGGCAUCUUCACAGGCAGGCUGCAUCCACCUCGGCUGGGGUGUCGUCAUUGGCUGCCUAUUAGAAAAACUACAGGACAAUGCAUACCACCGAUGCCGACUGUAAACAUAGGGGAUAUGUGUUCACUUAGCAUGGACUUCUGGGAGGGGCUAAGGAAGGGCGGUCUGGAGUUUUAUUGAAUAGAGCAGUGUGUAUUAGGCUGCCUGCCUGCCCUCUUGCUGUGCUCCUGCUUAAAGAAAUCAGUCCUUCCUUUCCGACUUAGUCCCUGCGAAGAAGUUUCAGCCUGAGAGGUAUCAUUAAAAAGUUUCAAGAUCAUCCAAUCGAAUUCAUAGGGAUUGGUGAUCAACCAGAGGUUCACAAGUGGACAUCUGAUUGCUUAGCUAUCCAGACAUUAUCUGGUCUCCCUAAAUCUGAACCCAUACCAUGGAUGAUUUUGAACGUCGCAGAGAACUUAGGAGGCAAAAGCGGGAAGAGAUGCGUCUGGAAGCAGAAAGAAUCGCCUACCAGCGGAACGACGAUGAUGAGGAAGAGGCUGCCCGGGAACGGCGCCGCCGUGCCCGGCAGGAAAGGCUGCGGCAGAAGCAAGAGGAAGAAUCCUUGGGACAGGUGACUGACCAAGUGGAGGUCAAUACCCAGAACAGUGUGCCCGACGAGGAGGUCAAGACGACCACCACAGACACUCAGGUGGAGGCCGACGAUGAGGCUGCACUCCUGGAGCGCCUGGCCCGGCGGGAGGAAAGACGCCAGAAACGCCUUCAGGAAGCACUGGAGCGCCAGAAGGAUUCUGACCCAACAAUAGCAGAUGCAAGUUUGUUGCUACCCAGCAGAAGAAUGCAAAACAACACAGCAGAAAAUGAAAUGGCAGAGAAGGAAGAAAAAAGCGAAAGUCGCCGAGAAAGAUACGAGAUAGAGGAAACAGAAACAGUCACCAAGUCCCACCAGAAGAAUGAGUGGAUGGAUGCUGAAGAGAAAAAGGAAGAAGAAAAAGAAAAGGAGGACGAAGAAGAAGAGAAGCCAAAGCAAGGGAGCAUUGAAGAAAAUCAGGUAGAGGUGGUGGCAGAAGAGAAAGCAGCAGAAACCCAGGAGGAAACAGUAAUGUCAUUGAAAAAUGGGCAAAUCGGUACAGAUGAGCCUAAGACAGAAGAGGAGAGGGAAAAAGGCUCAGAUGAGAUUCCCCAUAAAGAAAAGAUGGAACAGGAAGCAAGGGAAAGAGCUGAGGCAGAAAGGGCCAGGUUGGAAGCAGAAGAAAGAGAAAGAAUUAAAGCAGAGCAAGAACAAAAGAUAGCAGAGGAGAAAGCAAGAAAGGAAGCAGAAGAAAAAGCAGCUGCACAAGAGAGAGAAAGACGGGAGGCAAAGGAGAGGGAAAGGAUUAAGGAGGAGGAGAGAAGGGCAGCAGAGGAGAGGCAGAGGGCAAAGGCAGAGGAAGAAGAGAGAGCUAAGAUAGAAGAGCAAAAACGUAAGAAGCAACUAGAAGAGAAAAAAAGGGAAAUGCAAGAGAAAAAGAUAAAAGGGGAAAAGGUAGAGGAGAAAACAGAAGGGAAGUGGGUCAAUGAAAAGAAAGUACAAGAAGAUAAACUUCAGACAGCUGUCCAAAAGAAACAGGAAGAAGAAAGGGGGGCUAAAAUGCAAGCUAAAAGAGGAAAGUCCCAAGAAGACAAGCCUACCUUCAAAAAAGAAGAGAUCAAAGAUGAGAAGACUAAAAAGGACAAAGAAAGCAAAGAAGUUAAGAGCUUCUUGGCUGGAAAGAAGGGAUUUACAGAAAUGAAGUCGCAGAAUGGAGAAUUCAUGACCCACAAACUUAAACACACUGAGAAUACUAUCAGCCGCCCUGGAGGGAGGGCCAGCGAGGCCAAGGAGGCUGAAGGUGCUUCCCAAGUGGAAGCCGGCAAGCGGCUGGAGGAGCUGCGCCGCCGCCGCGGGGAAACUGAAAGCGAGGAGUUCGAGAAGCUCAAGCAAAAGCAGCAGGAGGCAGCCUUGGAGCUGGAGGAGCUGAAGAAGAAGAGGGAGGAGCGAAGGAAGGUCCUGGAGGAGGAGGAGCAGAGGAGGAGGCAGGAGGAAGCAGAGCGAAAGGUCAGAGAGGAGGAAGAGAAGAGGAGGCUAAAGGAAGAGAUUGAAAGGCGAAGGGCAGAAGCUGCUGAGAAACGCCAAAAGAUGCCAGAAGAUGGCUUAUCAGACGACAAGAAGCCCUUCAAGUGUUUCACUCCUAAAGGGUCAUCUCUCAAGAUAGAAGAGCGAGCAGAAUUUUUGAAUAAGUCUGUGCAGAAAAGCAGUGGUGUUAAAUCAACUCAUCAAGCAGCAGUAGUCUCCAAGAUUGACAGCAGACUGGAGCAAUACACCAGUGCAAUUGAGGGAACGAAAACUGCAAAACCUACGAAGCCAGCAGCCUCGGACCUUCCUGUUCCUGCCGAAGGUGUCCGCAACAUCAAGAGCAUGUGGGAGAAAGGCAAUGUGUUCUCAUCACCCACUGCAUCAGGCACGCCAAAUAAGGAAACAGCUGGCUUAAAGGUGGGGGUCUCCAGCCGCAUCAAUGAAUGGCUAACCAAAACCCCAGAUGGAAACAAGUCACCUGCUCCCAAACCUUCUGAUUUGAGGCCAGGAGACGUAUCUGGCAAGCGGAACCUCUGGGAAAAGCAAUCUGUGGACAAGGUCACUUCCCCCACUAAGGAGCCUGUUUCUAAAGAAACCCAUGCUGUGAAAUAGAGACUUUUCUACUGAUCAUCAUAACUCUGUGUCUGAACAGUGAUAUCAACCACAUCGGAAGUCAACAAAAGGAGAUUCAAGUUGAAAAUUGCCUGAGGAAUGUGUGCAGUAUCCAGAAAAAGGAACCAUAGUGUUUUUUUUGUUUUUUUUGUUUUUUAAAUACAGAAAUCAUGUUGUUUCUGCACUUUAGAAUAAAGCAUGGAAGAAAUUAUCUUAGUAGGCAAUUAUAACACUUUGUGAAAGUAACCCAUUUCAGAUUUUAGAUACUACAAUAAUGAUUGUCUUUAAAAAAAAAAAAAAAGAUGUACUGUUAAGGUAUUACUUUUUUCAUGCUGAUGAAUAUCUAAAUUGGAUUUUGAUGUUAGCUGACAGUGGUACUGAUUUCUUUAGGUUGGUUGCUUUGUGGAUUUCUUUGGUAGUGAUAGUGAACCACAUUUUAGAUGACGUGAUCAUGUAUGUAUGUGCAUACACAUAUACAAACACACUAAUGGUAGAAAGCUUUUUUAUGUGCUAGGCUAUUAUAUUUAGCAGUAUGUCCCUGUAACUAGCCAAUAUCACUGCUUUUUAAAAAUUAAAAAUCACAGUAUUAUAUUAAUAUUUCAUAUUUGCCAAUAGAAACAUGGCAGAAUAGGUAUCGAUAUGUUUCCAAUGCCCAAUAACCUAUAAGAAAGAGAUUAGAAGUGUCAAAAUGAAUUGACAUUUUCUAUAAAGCAUAGUAUUUAGUUUAUAAUUAAAAGCAGUCUUGAAGUCCAGUGUGAAUUGUACUAAAUCUCAAAGCUUGCUCCAAACUUCAUUCUUAAGAAUCAAGUUCACAAUCGGUUGGCUUAGAUGAUGCCUGAGGUCUCUUCCUUCUCUAAAAUUUAAAGACGAGGAUUUUAGUGGCAAAGUUGUACAGAUUGGAAUUCCAUGAAUAGGUGUACUACGACCAACUUUGGCUAAUCUCUGGAAGCAGAAAAGUAAGCAAAAGCCAAUAUUUAGGAGUCAUGACAGUACUUCCAUCUUUAACAUACCGAAACAUCUUUUUAGUUAAACUUUUCUACCUUUAUUAGUCAUUGGCACUUGCCAUAAGUUGAUAAUGUGUUGAACUUUCAAAAAAUAUAUGUAAUUUUUAUUAGUUUUACCUUUUUCCCAAAGAGUCUAUCAACUCGUCAUUUGUACACACACAAUCCAGGUAUCAGAUCUUAUUUUAGCUUAUAAGCGUUCAUCUAUUCUUCACAAUAGAUGAUAAAAGAGUACUCCAGUGUCUUGGCAAUAUGUUCUAGCAUAGAGAUAUACAUAUAGUGUAGUUCUAUAAACGUAUACCUCAUGACUUACCAAAAUUGUCUUAGUCUCAAUUCCUACCACAAUGAGAGAGCCUCCCAAAUGACUCUUUUCUAAUCCACAGUGUUCCCCUGGGAGAGCUAGCCAGGGUAGGGCUGGCAUGAGGAGUGACCAGUGCCUUCCAAAGUCCAUUUUCCUCAUAACUCAGUAGAGUUGUUGAAUCCUCUAGCUUUUAGCACAUCUGGACCAAAGAAAGUAAAGCCAGCAAUAUUGCACAAGUCACCCAUCCAUGACAGAGUAGACAUGAGUCUAUGAUAAGAUAAACUAGAAUUCACAUGCAGUGCCUGAGUUGGCAUUGACUCCCAGCAUUCGAGUGAAAUGGAUCAAAGUUUGAAUUAAGUCCUAUGGCGAGAUAACAUUUAUUUGUUGUACUUUUGAAUAAGAGCUUCUCCUGAUCACUAUUAUAUAUUUUUUUCUAGAAAGUCUAAAUUUAAGAAGAGAAUAUAUCGAUCGAUCCUGACUUUUAUUCCAAUAUUUGGAUGGAAUAAGUUUUAGGGUAGAAUUUUGUUCAGUUUGGAUUUAAUUUUUUGAAAAAUAAAUUCCUUGUUUACUUGUUUGAUUACAAUUCUCUUUGUUAUCUUUUUAAGAAGUAAAACUGCAAGGUGACUAGCAUGUUCUGUGAAUCUGCCAUUCCUAAAAAUUUUAUAAACACGAUAUUUUUCACUGAUAAUUGAUCGCUGCAAUAAAUAUAUAUUGUGAAAAUGCAUCCACAAUAAAUGGAAUUCCUCCAAAUGUCUUUGCCUCACUUAUUUUU